UUCUUUUUCACGCUUAACAUAAACUGGUCGGUGCUAUUUUGACCAGCACUAUACAUAUAAUGUUCAACGUAUGAUAAUACGUUUAUUGUUUCGAAAGUGGUGCCCACACAAAUACAUCCCAUCGCAUUAUAUAAGAAGUUAUUUAAGAACAAUCGUUGUUUAUCGAUAAUUUUUUAAUUAUAGCUGGCGUGAUUCUACAAAAAAAAUUUUACAAAUAUUUUAAUACCUAUAUACUUGUUUUUAUACCAUACGUUAAAUAGAAGUCAAAUUGUACUAGCAGUAUGAUUUUUGGGCAAAGUGGAAAAUGAAUCUUUAAAAUACAUAUAUGUGUAAAUACCUGUGUACAUGGUUUUAUUUAUAAAUUAAACGAACAUUCUGAUAAUUAUUUCUGAUAAAAAUAUAAAAAAUAGCCAUUGCUAUUUAAAACUAUGGAUAUGACCAAUUCUAAAGCCAGGUACACAAGGGCCGACUUAUUGGCUUUGCGUUAUGACGGAAAAAGUCGCCUGAGACCUUUAUGUGCAAACCAAACCGACUUACAGGCGUUAAAUUUUUGGAAAGUCAAUUUGAAUGCAGCUACUUUGAGCGCCACAAGUGGUUAUUCUGCUCAGCAUAAAAAUAGUGUUUCACCAGAGACAGAAACUUCAAAUCUUAACAGCAGUAGUAACGGUUUUAUUAGUUCUCGUCGUGCCAUUAGAAACCGUGAAAGAGCAAAUAACUAUUACCAGCGUUUUGUACCUAGCGAUUUUAAUCAAAGUGCAGCCGAAGACAAAGAAACAUAUGCCACUCACGGAAAAUCGACUUUAAUUGAUCACAGAAGCAUAUCAUCGUCACAUUUAAUGCCAGCUUUUGCGAAGCGGCGUUUUACUGCAGUCAAUGGCGGCACCAAUUCAGAAAACAAUGAGUCUCACCUAAAUAUUGGUGAUGACAAUGAUAGUUCAUCGAAUUUAGAGUUAGUCGAUCGUACCUGCACUCCUACUCAUGAUCGUACCGACAAUAAACUUAUUUCUACGUGCUUACCUAUUCCAAAUUUAGCCCAAAGUGAAAAUGACCCAGGUUUGGCCUCAUCUCCAUCAUCCACAUCUCGUCAAGAAAGACGUAUUGGAAGUGGUAGGCUCUUACCUAGAAAUGAUUGUUGGGAUUAUAAAGAACAAAAGGCCAAAGACUCUAGCGUUGAAAGAGAAAAGGAUGUGACUUAUGACGCAGGUGCUACUCAUACACAGAGACAAAGGACAUUUAUUGCUGAGCGCUCCACUGACCAAACGGAACGCCGUUUUCAGUAUGAUAAAAGAUCAUCUGAAAGGCAAGGUCUUAUUAUUCGUCGCGCAGCUAACAAGGAUUCAAACAUCAAUCAUGGUCGUGGAAAGCGGUCAAACACUUUUCACUUGCAUGAAAAACAUGAAGAACCAGAGUGGUUUAGUGCGGGACCUACUUCGCAGCUUGAGACUAUUGAUUUACAUGGCUUUGAUGAUAUUGAAACUAAUGACCCGAUUUCUGAUGCAAAAAAUGAGAUAAAUCAUUUUUCUUCAGGUAAAAGGAACUUGGAAAAACAAAAAAGGGUCAGAGAAAGUUCUUUAAGAGAUGACAGUAAUGCCAGCAUUAAUGUAACGGACGCUGUGGGUCAAAAACAAAAUGAUUCUCAAAAUAUUCUAGGAACCGAUAAAACACCAGUGGAACUUACUAAUCAUAUCGAAAAUCAGACGAAUCAAUUGCCUGUUAAACAAAAGGUUCAAAGUGAAUUCAAUUUUGACGCUUUUCUUAAUUUGCAUCCCUUGGAUCAACCUCUUAUGAAUAAUGACGGCAAUGAAAAGGGAGAAACAAAAGGAACAUCUCGCUUCAGCCAUUGGUUUCGACACAAAGAAAAUAAAAAUAAUAAUGAUGCAUCUAUUCAAGAGCCACAUUUUCAAGAUAUGCUGGGUAUUCCAAAUGUCAAAGACUUGGAAGCUCAAAUGACUAAGCUUGAUAUGAGUACUGAGUAUUCGUGUCAAAUAUCAACUCCUAUGCCUCCAACAGAGCAUGCGAAGAAAUCAGGUUCAAGAGAUGCAGAGGCUUUUAAAAAGUUGCUACAACAAUUGGGCUCUCAAACUAACCACCAGCAUCCUCAGAACGAUACCUAUCAAAUGGUGAACCCAUCAAUAGCACGAGGUCAAGAUGUUGAAGAAAUGCAGAAUGUCAUCCUGCCAAAUGUUUUAACAAAUAGUGGUUACGUUAUCACGCAAAAAAGAAUGGAAAAACAAAACCUAAUCCAAAAUAUGUUUUCUCCAAAUACUUCUAAUGGGAUAAAUCAGCAAUUAAACCACAGCAAUUCGCCCACCCCUCUGGCUUUUACUCCGACAUCAGUUUUAAGAAAAAUGACAGCUGACAAAGAUACAAAUUUUACACAAAGCGUAUCUUGUAAUCAGCAGCUUCAAUUCCCAAUCCAUCAACAAUAUUCUAAACAACUGACAAAUGCGACUUACAUUGAGCCCCACGAAACUACAUCUGUGCCGGUUCCACCUCGAAUGAUAUUAGGUGGAGGGAAUUUUACAGCAAAUUCUAAUGGUCAGGACAUUAUUGCAAACUUGCCUCAGUGUCAUAACCAAUCAAUGAUAAAAUGGCCACCUAUUUCUGCACAUAUGGUACAUGGAAAAACAUUUGGUCGUCCUAUACUGAAAGGUGGCUUAAAUUCAAGCUCGCAACCAAUUCCUUCGGCUUCAUUAACUUCUAACAUUGACAUGCACCAUUCUAAUCAUCAGCCGCUAAGUCAUCACAUACAUCAGAAUCAUCAGCCAAAUUCUCCUUUUAGGUUUAAGACUUCGCAAAUAACCGAAUCUUUAUUUAAUUCUGAAAAUAUGCAUCAUAAUAUUACCUAUCCUGAUGCAAACUCCCAAAUGCAGAACCAUGUAUUUUGGCAGCAGCAAACGCGACAACAAGGUAGGCAUAGGGUUAUUCAUGCAGAACUGCCUCGUCAAUCAAAUGUCCACAUAUCCCAAGUACCAGAAUGUUUUGAUGGCUUAGACUCUGGAAAUAUGGCAAAAAACAAUAAGCUUGGAACUAACAGCAAUCAUAAAGAUGAUCGACUACCUUCGCCUACCAACAACCAAUUGGCUCAGUGGUUUUCACCUGAACUUCUUGCAAGAGCAUCUGCGGGAAAACUUCCCCUUUUAAAUAUAAACCAAGCCCUUAGCUUAGAAGAAUUUGAACGUAGCAUACAACAUUCCUCGGCCGUUGUGCAUAACUAAAAGUGUAAUAAAGGUAGAACUUAUACUUUAUUUAUUAAUAAAAAUCUAUGUUUAAAAAUUAAAAAUUUUUCUUGCUGUGGACAACAAGUUUUCAUCAUUACUUAAAAUAUCUACAGUCUUUGAUAAGUUAAGUUAAAUAUAUUUUAUAAAAAAUAUAUGUACUGUAAAUAAACGCAAAUAAUAUGUAACCAUUAAUAUAAA